CCUGGGCGUCGCCGCGGUAGCCGCGCUCCUGGCGGGAGUCGCGCUGCUCGUAGUCCUGAGGCGCAGAGGCUCGCGCCGACCCCCAUGCGCCACGGGCUGGAUCCCCUGGGUCGGCGCGGGGCUGCGGUUCGGGAAGGCCCCACUGGAGUUCAUCGAGCAGGCUCGGGCCCGGUUGUUGCAGUGGGUUUUACCUAGCAGCCUUGAUGGAAAAUUGCAUCUAAAUGGCAGUUAUGAAAGACACAGUUGACGCACUUUGAACUUUCAAGAAAUGACUCCUAAAAUUCUGUCAUAAGCUGUCAUCUUCAGCUUUUUCUGGCCAUGGAGAAGGGAGAGAAAAGAAAAUUUUGAUGACCACAGAAGUUUCCCCUUUUGUUUUUAUUAAUCUCUGUUUUUGUAUGUGUACAGAGAAUGAAAUUCAGGACCUCAAGCUUGCCAGGCAGGCACUGUGCUGCUGAGCUGUGUCCUUGGCCUCUUAAAUGUAUUAUGAGUUCACAGAGUUUAAAAAAAUGUUAAAUAUAACAAACUGAGUGAAAAAUCUCUCUGACCUUUCUUCUUCCACUCAGUUCUUAUUCUUCAUCUCUAACCUUGAUAGCACAGUGAUUCAUUACAUAUCCUUUUAUCUUUUCUUGAACCCUAUACAAGCAAAUUCAUUUAUAGAUUUUUAUUUUUCAUCUUUUAUAAGCAGACUGUAUCAUACCAUUCACAUUGUUCUUGUGUCAAAAAUGCUGAACCCUUCAUACCUUCAUACUAUUAGAACUCCUAAUUCUCUUUUCUUUUUAAAUGCAUGGAUUAUUACUUAACAGGUUUCUAGAUUAAUAAAUGUUUGGUAGUCAGAUUUCUCAAAUAACCCAUAGCAGCUCCCACCUGCUGCUGCCUAUUCCUUUUGCAGUUACCUCCCCCUGGAUGUUGGCAGAUCCCAAGAACUCACCUGAAAACUCACUCACUGAUGAAUCUAAUGGCGUAGGUGCCAUUUGGAUGGAAGACCCUGUCACCUGCCCCACUUGCAGACUCUAAUCACAGACUGCCAUGUUGGGGGGCCUGAACAGAGAGACCUCAGUCUUCAACAGCAGAGAGCUAAGACCUUUAGUGGCCUGUGAAAAACCAAAUCCUGCACCCACCACAUCAACCUGGCAUGGCUCCUACUCGUUGACCUUUAAGAUGCCUGGGGUCCAGUCUUUAUAUGGGCCAGUAUUUACAAUCUUUGCCAUGGGGAACCGAAUGACCUUUGUUACUGAAGAAGAAGGAAUCAAUGUAUUUCUCAAAUCCAAAGAAGUAAACUUUGAAUUAGCAGUACAAAAUCCUGUCUACCAUACAGCAUCAGUUCCAAAGAAUAUCUUUCUAACACUGCAUGAAAAACUCUAUAUUACAAUGAAAGGGAAAAUGGGGACUUUCAACAUGUGUCAGUUUACAGAGCAACUGAAUGAAGAAUUCCAUGAACAAUUAGAAGAUUUAGGCCCUCAUGGGACAAUGGACCUGAUCGGUUUAGUAAGGCGUCUCCUCUAUCCCGUCACAGUGAACGUGCUUUUUAAGAAAGGCAUGUUUCCCUCACACAAGAGGGAAACUGAGGUCUUCUGCCAGCAUUUUCAAACUUACGAUGAGGGUUUUGAGUACGGAUCCCAGAUGCCAGAGUGGCUACUGAGAAACUGGUCAAAAUCCAAAAGGUGGCUCCUAGCACUAUUUGAGGAAAGCAUUCCAGAUAUAAAAGCAUACAAACCUAAAAAGGCUGAUUCUGUGACGUUAAUGCAGGCUGUGCUGGAGGUGGUAGAGGGGGAAGCAGAUGGGCACGGUGCGAACUACGGGCUCCUGAUGCUGUGGGCCUCUCUGUCGAAUGCUGUUCCUAUUACCUUUUGGACCCUCGCAUUCAUCCUGUCCCACGCCGACAUCCACAGGACCAUUAUGGAAGGCAUCACUUCUGUGCUGGGUGGAGCAGGUAAAGAGAAGAUCAGAGUGUCGGAGGAUAUACUGAAGAAGCUCUUGCUGAUUAAAUGGUGUAUUUUGGAAGCCAUUCGUUUAAGAGCCCCCGGUGUCAUAACUAGGAAAGUAGUAAAGCCAGUGAGAAUUUUGAAUUACAUCGUUCCAUCUGGUGACUUGUUGAUGUUGUCUCCAUUUUGGCUGCAUAGGAACCCAAAGUAUUUUCCUGAGCCUGAAUCAUUCAAACCUGAACGUUGGAAAGAGGCAAAUUUAGAGAAGCACACGUUCUUAGACUGUUACAUGGCAUUUGGAGGCGGGAAGUUCCAGUGUCCUGGAAGGUGGUUUGCUCUAUUAGAGAUUCAAAUAUGUAUUAUCUUAAUACUUUAUAAAUACGAUUGCUGUCUUCUGGACCCAUUACCAAAGCAGGAAGCAAUCAGGAGACGCUACAAAGCAUGGAGACUCCUGACUGACAGCAGUCCUGUUCCUGGGGUGGGGGUGGCGCAUAUCCUGAAUGCUCCUGAAACAGCUUCCAGCUCACACAGGGGCCUUGCACUUGUUCAGUUGUGUUCCAUUUUCUCUUUCUUUUGGGCUAUGGAUCCUUAGGAGAUCUCAGUACUUACAGAUUUCUUUCUAGAAAAGAGCCUAUUUUUUCACAUGAUUUUGGAUCCAGUCUGAGUGGCCCCCUGGGCACCCUGCAGCUCGUUGUAUCAGCUCCCCCAAUUCUCCUGCUAAGGAGUCCAAUGGGGCCCUACCACCUUCAGACCUAGAAACAGACUGAUCAUCUACCUUGGAUCAGCCCCAACUUUCAUCCACAGAAUAGGUUGAGAUUUUUUUGUACUGGGGGUCAAAUUCACAACCUCACACUUGCCAGGCAGGCACUUUUACCACUGAGCUUGGGUUGCUUUCCUUUUUCAAACCCCUAAUCCUUAAAAAAAAAUUUUCAUUCUUUGCAAUACUUCUUCCCUUCACCCCCACAGAUUCACACCUUGUUCAUAGCUAGGGAGAAAAAUCACAUUUGAACCCCCCUAAAAAAUGUGUUUUUGGAAAAUGAUGAUCACAAGUACACCGUGCCAGUGUUUCACACCCCUGACUCCAGGUGGCUCUUAAACACCUAAGACAUGUGACAUUGUGACCUCAGCCCCUGUUCACAAGUGAGGUGUCACAGCCUUGGAGUCUGAUUUACCACGACCUCUUUAAUCAGAUAAAGAGAAGACAGCAGGCCAGUCCACAGGCGCCGGGGCGCGGGUGGGUCCAAGAAGAGGCUGUUAGAAUCAGAGGCAGUACUCUCCUUCUCCCUGUCUUGAAAGGAAUCUGAGUACAUGUUUUGUUCUUAUCUCAGAGAGUACAACUCGGUUUUCAUCCAUGAGGAUGCUUCCCGAACCUACACCCUGUACUUUCUAGAGAAAAUCCUGGGGGAGUGAACCUAGGGCCAGAGUAAUUGGCUUCUGUCUCUUCAUGUCUGUAUCUCCUGCAUUUCUGC